AAAUCUCAAGCAUGUCUGGCUCUAAUACUAUGUGUCACUGCCUCAGGACUCCGAGAUCCUGUGUUGGGAUCUUCGGGAACCGGGACGGGUUCUGUUCUCCAUGCAGAGGAGCGUCGAUACCAACCAGCGUAUCUACUUCGACCUGGACCGAUCUGGUCAGUAUCUACUGAGUGGGGACACAGAUGGUUCAGUGUCAGUAUGGGACACCCUCACAGCACCACCUGAUGGAAAUGAAGAUUUACUGCAGCCUGUGUUGCAGUUUCAGGCACACAGAGAUUGUACUAAUGGCAUCAGUGUACAUCCUUUUAUGCCACUGCUGGCGACCUCCAGUGGUCAGCGUCAGUUCUGCUGGCCAUCUGACAGCGAGAAAUCAGAGUCCGAUUCAGAAGAAAAUGUGAUGAUUUCAGAUGGUGUUCGAAAAGACAAUGCUCUUGUGCUCUGGUGGGCUGGCCCUGUGGGAUCAAGUACUGUGAGCUCAACCAAUGAGAGGGAGCAGGAGGAGGAGCCAACAGUACUACAAGAGAGCUUGAACUUUUGAAUCUGACAAAACUGCAUUUGUAAUGUCUUACAAUAAUGAUUAUUUUUCAGAUUGUAAUUCUUAGUGUAUUUUAUUUACUGAACAUUUUUUAAAGUCUUUUUCAGAAGGUCUUGAUAUUGGGGUAUCUUAUACAUUUUAUUUAAUGUUUUUUGUGUCUAAGCUUUAGGACAAUCAGUGACUGCCUUAAAGCCAAAAUAGAAAUAAAUAAAAUCUAAACCAGUUUUUACAGUGCAUUAAAAAGUAACAUUCAUUUGAAAUAUGAAUAUACAAUUUUUUUCAUGAAUUGUGCUUGUAAGUGAUUCAGAAAUUGUCCAGUCUUUGCUGGAGCUUGAUGCCCAUCACAUUACAGUUUAGCAGCACAGAUUGUUCAUUUUUUUAUUUCAACUGGAGAUUUUUUUUAGGAUAUACAAUUAGUUUUGUGUCCGACUUCUAGUGUAUAACCUCAGUGAACAAUACAUCGUUGUUACUGUCUGAAACUGAGGUUCAUCCUUGUUAAAUGUGCCAUAUAUACUACAGUGAGCAGCUGUUAAUAUAUUUUUGUAAGCCAGUAAUCUGUUUUAUUGUGAGUAAAUGAGCUUGGCUAUAUGUGCCUCAGUGCUUAAGCUGAGUAUCCUACAGGUAUGCUUAUGUUUGUCUGUGUGAGUUUGUGAUUUUUUUCUAAUAUUGGUGUCUUGACACAAUGUUGGAGUGUUUACAAAUGUACACCUUUUUAA